UUCAAGCAGUCUCCCCACCCCCGAGUCUCUCACAGUUAAGGCUGCUAAUAUCAAGGCUCUGAGUGAGGCUUUCUUAACCCCAUCUUGGCAGGUGGGUAAUUUUUGGCAGGAGGGAGAAGCCAGCGUUACUUGCUCUGAGUAGAGAUGGUUAUGCAAGAUGCAAGGAGGAGGAGAAAGCUGAGAGGGGAGCUGGUGAGUCAGAGGAGAAAAGCUGCACAACUUGGCUAGCAGUGAGCCUUUAGAGCACUGGCGAAGCCUAAGCCAUUAACAAGGGAACUUGCUUAUGGAAAGAAAGAGCGGAGAAAGAAGUCAAGAUUUCCAUGGGAAUUCCUGAAAACUGUGGUCUACUAAAGCCUGAGGACAACCUGGGGACGAGUUAAAACAGCCAGGCCACGGCUCUGUCUUCCACUUCAGCAUGACACUGCUCAAAAAAAUGAAGCUACUGCUGUUCCUGGCUUCCCAGAUGGCCAUCUUUGUUCUGUUCAUCCACCUGUACUGCCACAACCUCAACUCCCUGCAUAUGAAGGAGGAGCCCAAGCCCACACACAUGCACGUGCUGAUCCUGUCUUCGUGGCGCUCUGGUUCCUCUUUUGUGGGGCAGCUUUUUGGACAGCACCCAGAUGUCUUCUACCUGAUGGAGCCUGCCUGGCACGUCUGGAUGACCUUCACGCAGAGCACCGCCCAGAGGCUGCAUAUGGCAGUACGGGAUCUCAUACGGGCUGUCUUUCUGUGUGACAUGAGUGUCUUUGAUGCCUACAUGACACCUGGCCCCCGAAAGCAGUCCAGCCUCUUCCAGUGGGAGGGCAGCCGGGCCCUCUGUUCCCCACCUGCCUGUAACAUCUUCCCACGAGAUAUGAUCAUACCCCAGGCUCACUGCAGGCUUCUGUGCAAUCAGCAGCCCUUUGAGGUGGUAGAGAAGGCCUGCCGCUCCUACAGCCACGUGGUCCUCAAGGAGGUGCGCUUCUUCAACCUGCAGGUGCUCUACCCAUUGCUGAGAGACCCCUCCCUCAACCUGCACAUUGUGCACCUGGUCCGGGACCCCCGGGCAGUGUUCCGCUCCCGAGAACACACCACGCAGGAACUCCUGAUUGACAGCCACAUUGUAAUGGGGCAGCAUCACCAGAAACUCAAGAAGGAGGAUCAACCCUACUACGCAAUGCAAGUCAUCUGCCAAAGCCAGCUGGAGAUCUUUGAGGCUGUGCAGGCCCUGCCCAAAGCCCUGAGGCAGCGCUACCUGCUUGUGCGCUAUGAGGAUCUGGUCCGGGACCCCCUGACCCAGACUGCCCAAAUGUAUGACUAUGUAGGGCUGAAAUUCUUGCCCCAGCUCCAGGCCUGGGUGUACAACAUCACUCGAGGCAAGGGCAUGGGCAAGCACGCCUUCCACACCAACGCCAGGAAUGCCCUCAAUGUUUCUCAGGCCUGGCGCUGGUCUUUGCCUUACGAAAAGGUGUCUCGACUCCAGAAAGUCUGCAGGAAUACCAUGAAUGUGCUAGGCUACCACCUUGCCACAUCUGAGGAAGAGCAGAAAAACCUGUCACUGGAUCUUCUGUCUACCUGGAGCCCCUAUGAGCAAGUCUCCCAAGAGCGCUGGGGAGGCUCUGUCUACACCCAGCACCAGCUUCAGCCACGUGAACCGAAGGCAGCCUCUGAGCCGUGACAUGUGUGUCGGUGUAUGUGUGAACAUGUGCCCAUCCAUGUUCAAGUCAAGAAAUCUCUGUAUCUCUGCUCAUGUCUAAAAGAGCAACUCAGGAACCUCACGUGAGUGGCACGUUCACCAAUGAACGCUGGCUUUCUUAUCUGCGUAUACCUGAGAUUUGUGGCCUGGGUGCUACAUGGCGCCAGGCAGUAUCAUUGGGGUAAAUUCAUAAACUUCUCUGUUCACAUCCUACCCAACAGAAAAGGAGAGAGAGACAGAAAAAAAAAAAAACAAAAAAACAGGAAAAGACAGGAAAUCCACCAAGACAGGAAAGCCCACCAGCACCUUCAACAGGGAUGUGAACUCUGAGCCCUCAGAGCUCCCUGUGGAUUGAAAAAGAGAACAGAGGACAGGGCUGGACCCUUACCCGGGAGCGUGGCCAGCAUAGCCAUCGGUUACCACAAACGCAAAAGCACAUCUCUGCACAGCAGAAAAAGCUCUUAAGUUCACGGGAUGGCUGGGCCUGGCCCAGACGCCGGUUCCCCUCAGGGUUUUCCUAUUUUUUCCUAUGAAGCUGCCAACUGUUAACACGAAAAUUCCAAAAUAA